CAGCAGCCAAUGGCAUUGUCCCGCCUCCUUCCCUUCUCACUGCUCUGAUGCUGAGCAGCCCUGUCAGUCUUGUGGUCCAGGCUCAGGGGAUGGGGGCUGAUGCAGCGUAGAGCCCAGCCGCCCAGGACCCUGCAGGCUGGCAAUUCAUCACCCCAGCUGAUCCCAUGCAAGAAGGGGGGACGAUGCGGCUGGGCAGACGUGCCAUAAUGUACACUGUGGAGACGGUUCCCAAGGGGAAGAACAGAGUGAUGGGGACCAUCCAGAUCAUGACUGGCUUCAUGCACAUCGGCUUCGGGAUCGUCCUGACAACCCUCACAAACGUCUACAGCUCUCUCUUUGUGGUUGGCGAGAUCCCAUUCUUGGGAGGAGUGUCUUUCAUCAUUUCUGGAUGCCUCUCAAUUGGAGCUGAAAAAAGCCCUACCGAGUGUGCGGUGAAAGGCAGCCAGACCAUGAAUGUCAUCAGUGCUAUCUUUGCACUACUGGGGAUCACGUCUUUUAUAAUAGAUCUGAAUUUAAAUGGCCUGUACCGUUCAGAGUUUGAUUAUUACAACUAUCUAGUGAUGGCAGGAAACGGGAUCUCCAUCGUGCUGCUGAUCUUCACGAUCCUAGAGUUCUGCAUUGCAGUUGCCACUGCACAUUUUUGGUGCCGAGCGACCCGUGCUAACUCCAAUGAGGCCAUGCUGAUUGUGCCGAAUGCUGUCAGGGCAGAUCCCCUGGUUCCCACCACAGAACUGCUCCAACCACCAAAUUACAACGAGGUGAUUUAUGAUCCCAAGGAUGAGGCUGAGUAGCAGGGCUGGGCAGGAGAAGGUACCUGUAGGAGGAAUCAUCCUGACAGCAGAAGCAGCUGCUCCUUCUCUGGGGAGCAGAAACUGACCCCUGCAUGAUGAACCUCCUUCAAUUACUGCAGAUAUUCUAGCCCCUGCCUGUUUCCUCUCUGAGUUCAAAGAGGCAAGGUCUUUCUCCCCUCCUCCCUGCCCUCCCAGCACAGGGCCGAUUCUGUCCCCUAAUGAGAGUUUAUUGAGACCCUGGUAUGCAGGAGAGCCCAACAGGCAGCUAUGGAAUAGUCAGUGUUAUUCCCCACCCCAAAAAGCUUCAUGCUCUUAUUCUGGUCUAUGAGGAUGUUGCAUGGGUUGGCCAGUUGCCUGCUUUGCAGGGCAGAGCAUAGCCAGGGCAAUAGGGUGAAAGCGUGGCUAGGAGUCUACUGCUGUCUCUUGCUUCCUUUGUCACUGAAUCCUGGCGUGACCCACUUAGGCCAUGGUAAAGGCACUGGUGUGGGUAGGUAGAGGGUACAGCCUUCAUAAACCCUUUCAUCGCACCUUCUACACUCAUCCUGCACCAGGUCAGCCAUGAGUGCACCCUACUAUCAUCUUCUGGCCCAGUCUCCUGUGCAGAAUGAGGGCCAGAUCUUAGAGGGCUGGCAGCCACAGAAGAAAAACUUCCCUAUUUGAGCUAGGAUAGGCCUCACUUCAUGGGUCAUCCACUGCACAGGAGAACAGGAUAUGGUGUUAGAGGCACAGACAUUUGCAGGUCUAUUCUUCAUCCCAACCCUCUACCCCCUCCAGCUAGAAGAACAGGAUGCUAUAUUUACACAGAGAAAAUGAAGCCUCCCACACAAACAUGACAGCCACAGACAGGAAACCAGCAAUAUCUUAUGGAGUUUAUAACCAGGCUGUAUACCUGAUUUACUCAUCCCUUCAAACAGCAGGGUAUGGCUUUUUUUCUCCUAUGUCACAUGACCACAAAAGUUAUAUGCCUUUUAUUGAUCAUCAGUAAAAGGUGUUCUUUGGAAAAGGCAGGUGGGGAAUCCCUCCCCUAAGUUCAGUAGGUCUUGGAUAGGGUUUUAAGAGCAAAGCUUAAUUUCUCCUGGCUCUUAAAAGCCUGGUGGAAAUUUCGGAUUAUUAGUCUGAGGUGACCAUGGAGUGGUCAGAGUCAUGUAGUUGUAUACCUUGUGUCUUAUAAGAGGUCUUGAAGUAUAUCAGGACCUACAUACAUGCCCUACAUUGACCCAAUCUUUUUACAUUUGGUUGUAUUUUUGUUGGUUUUAUUAAAUGUUUAAAUUAAAUUAUUUGUUUGAAACUUUCA